AUGCCAAACCAACAGAAGAAAAUCAUUUUCUGCACGGCUGGUGUGUUAAGUUUCGUGUGUGCCCUCGGAGUUGUGACAGCCCUGGGAACACCAUUGUGGAUUAAAGCCACCAUCCUCUGCAAAACCGGGGCUCUGCUUGUCAAUGCCUCUGGGCAGGAGCUGGACAAGUUCACGGGUGAGAUGCAGUAUGGACUUUUCCACGGACAGGGCGUGAGGCAGUGUGGGUUAGGAGCAAGGCCCUUUCGCUUCUCAUUUUUCCCAGACUUGCUCAAAGCCAUCCCAGUGAGCAUCCAUGUCAAUGUCAUUCUCUUCUCCACGAUCCUGACGGUUGUGACCAUGGCGGGGACUGCCCUCUUCAUGUACAAUGCUUUUGGCAAACCCUUUGAGACCCUGCAUGGGCCCCUUGGGUUGUAUCUUCUGAGUUUCAUUUCAGGCUCCUGUGGCUGUCUCGUCAUGAUCUUAUUUGCCUCUGAAGUGAAAAUCCACCACCUCUCUGAAAAAAUUGCAAAUUAUGCCGAAGGGACAUACGCCUACAGAACGCAGCGGGAGAGCUACACCACCUCCUUCUGGGUGGUUUUCACCUGCUGCUUGGUUCACUUUCUCAAUGGGCUCCUAAUACGACUCGCCGGAUUCCAGUUUCCUUUUGCAAAAUCCAAAGAUACAGGGACAACCAACGUCGCCGCGGAUUUGAUGUACUGA